AUGGUGAGCGCACACAGUCGAUUCUCGAUCCUCUUAAAGUGAACCCAUGUCACUGACCCGACGCCAUGCCCGACUCGCCGACAGGGAGAGUCGCGUACGGAACUGAUCGCCUGGCUCAACGACCUGCUGCAAAUCCAAUACACCAAAGUCGAACAAUGCGGUACGUCUUUUAAGCAGAUCAAGCUUCAAUCGAAGAGACAGUCUUCCCUCCGUGCUUUGUGCCUGCGAGUACGACGCCCUGGUACAGCCAGCUGAAUGCUGACGAUGAUGUGUUCGUUCUUCACUCCUCCCCGUCUCGCGCGUCAUUUCGCCCUCGCUCGACUCGCUCGAUCUUCACAGGCACCGGAGCGGCGUAUUGCCAGGUCAUCGACAGUAUUUUUGGCGAUGUGCCCAUGAAGAAGGUCAAGAUGAGCUCGAGGUCAGUCUCGCUUCCACCCACAGCACGCCGUGGACGGCGCGUAGAGCCGCGACUGAGACUACGUUCCGGGCCUUUUCGCAGAGGUGAACACGAACAUGUUCUCAACUACAAGGUCCUACAAAACUCAUUCAAAUCCCACAACAUCGACAAGGUGCGUCUUACUUCACCGUCCUGCGCAUCAUCCGCGCUCUUCCGGCUCGUCCUUUAUUUUCGCUCAACCCCCUGUCUCCGACGCGGACCUAUAACCCCAAAAUCUAGCCUAUCCCCGUCGACCGCUUGAUCAAAUGCAAGAUGCAAGACAACCUCGAGUUCUUGCAAUGGCUCAAAAAGUUCUGGGACCAAAGCUUCCCCGGCGGCGAAUACGAUCCGAUCGGGAGGCGACAAGGUUUGGGCAUCGAGCCGCCCAUGCUUGGAGGUGGGUCCACUUCAGCAGGUUCGUGAAAGCUGAGCUCCGGUAAGAAGAAACGAAGGGAAAGGUGUGAAUUUCUCAAUGUGGGAACUUUCAUGUACAGCCCGUGGGAGAACGCCCGUGAAUGCGCCUGCUCCGGCACCUGUGAGGAGGGCAGGGACGUCGUCGGGCCCUACAGGCGCGGCGAGACGACCCGUCGGAGUAGCAUCCGCAGGUGAGUCGCACGACCGGGUCGGCACUUCCCCUCUCUGCGUGUCUGACGAAUGAUUCGUCUUUGCAACGACUCCACACAGGGCGGCCAGCAUCGACAACAUCCUCGGCUCGGUCCGGCCCCAGCGCGACCGAGAUCGCGGCGUUGAACGCACAGAUGGAGGACAUGAAAAUCACCGUCGACUCGAUGGAGAAGGAGCGAUCGUUUUACUACGAAAAGUUGAGGUCGAUAGAGAUCCUCAUCGGGGCGCGUCUGGAGUCGGACGACGAGACCAUCACUGAAAGCGAGAUGGAGACCUUGAAGGCGAUCGAGACCAUCUUGUAUUCGACAGAGGUACGUUGCACCGACCUGGGAACCAUACGAAUCGAGGGAGAAUUGAUUGAUUUGUAUUACGUUUUUGUAUAACCUACAGGAGGGUUUUGAGGUGCCGGAGGAAGAAGGAGAAGAGUUGGUCGAAGGAGUCGAAGGCGAUGAAGAGGAGACAUUCUAGACGUCUUCCCGUUCCAUCUCCUUCCACCCACCACCUAUAUCUUCCAUUGCUUUGGCCUCUUUUAUUUUUCCCGUUCGCAUCCCCACCCAUAUCAUUGCUGCUUUGUAUAAUUCAGUCAUCUAUCAAAGCGCAGAAACAUCGAUAACAGUCGCGAAGAAGGCCGAGAGGCAUGAUCGAAGUUGCAACUCAAUGUUCGCUGAUCUCAACUUCGAUGGCAUCCCUUGCUUUCGACACCUCCUCACCCGCUGCCUUCUCAGGAGAAGUUUGUUCAUCCUCUUUACGCCCCCGUUCAUCGAGCUGCCCCUCCAGAGGGAACUCAGUGUCCUCUCCGACCAUCUGCUCGCCAACCCCAUCUUCCACGACGCCCAUCUGCACCUCCUCGAUCCCACCCUGUUCUUCAAUCUCUCCCCUCCUCAUCUCCACCCCCUUCAACCAUUCAUUCUCAGCCAAAAACUGCAGGACCUGCAAUACGUCCGAGACGAGGUGCUUCCAAUCCCUUUCGGCGAGUUGGGCGAAUGGGUCCGAGCGAGCAAAGGGGUUGUAG